CCUCAAGACCCCCUCAAAAUGAGUCACCGUAAGUACGAAGCCCCCCGUCACGGCUCCCUUGGUUUCCUGCCCCGCAAGCGUGCUGCGCGCCACCGCGGAAAGGUCAAGGCGUUCCCCAAGGAUGACCCCAAGAAGCCCGUUCACUUGACGGCCAUCAUGGGCUACAAGGCCGGUAUGACCCACGUUGUCCGUGACCUUGACCGUCCAGGCUCCAAGAUGCACAAGCGCGAGGUCGUGGAGGCGGUUACGGUUGUCGAGACUCCCCCGAUGAUUGUCGUCGGUGUCGUUGGCUACGUCGAGACUCCCCGUGGUCUCCGUACCCUCACCACCGUUUGGGCGUCCCAUCUCUCCGACGAGCUCAAGCGUCGCUUCUACAAGAACUGGUACCGCUCCAAGAAGAAGGCGUUCACUCGCUACGCCAAGAAGCACGCUGAGGACGGCGGCAAGUCCAUCGCCCGUGAGCUCGAGCGUAUCCGCAAGUACUGCACGGUCGUCCGUGUCCUUGCGCACACUCAGAUCCGCAAGACCGGCCUCACCCAGAAGAGGGCCCACCUCAUGGAGAUCCAGGUCAACGGUGGCUCCAUCGCUGACAAGGUCGAGUUCGCGAACGGCCUCUUCGAGAAGCCCGUGGAGGUCAGCUCCGUCUUCGAGCAGGACGAGGUCAUCGAUGUUAUCGCGGUGACCAAGGGUCACGGUUUCGAGGGUGUUACGCACCGUUGGGGUACCAAGAAGCUUCCUCGUAAGACGCACAAGGGUCUCCGCAAGGUCGCUUGUAUCGGUGCCUGGCAUCCGUCGAAGGUCAUGUUCUCCGUUGCCCGUGCUGGUCAAAACGGUUACCAUCACCGUACCGAGCUCAACAAGAAGAUCUACCGGAUUGGCAGCGGCGAGGACGAUGCUAACGCGUCGACCGAGCACGAUGUUACCAAGAAGGCGAUCACGCCCAUGGGUGGCUUCCCCCACUACGGUAUCGUCAAGAACGACUACCUCAUGUUGAAGGGCUCGAUCCCCGGCACGAAGAAGCGUGUCAUCACCCUCCGCAAGUCUCUGAUGGUCCACACUUCUCGUCGGGAUCUCGAGAAGGUCCAGCUCAAGUUCAUCGACACCUCGUCGAAGUUCGGCCACGGCGCGUUCCAGACCUUCGAGGAAAAGGCCGCGUUCUUGGGAACGCUCAAGGCCCGGGCUUGAUUGCUGUCUUACUUCGUACCUUCCGCGCUUUUUACCGUUAUGCUACUCCGUCCAUGCUAUGCUUUGUAUUGCCCAAUGACAUGACGCACGCUUCUGACCUUGAAGCAUUACGGUUGUACAUCAU